AUGAGCCGAAAACAGACACUUAUCUAUCCAUCUAUCUAUCUAUCUCAUCUAUCUAUCGCAGACACCCAUUCAUCUAUCUAUCUAUCCAUCGCAGAGACUUAUCCAUCUAUCCUAUUAUCUAUCCAUCCAUCGAUCCAUCGCAGACACUUCAUCUAUCUAUCUAUCCAUCCAUCUAUCCAUCUAUCCAUCCAUCAUAUCGCAAGACUUAUCUCAUCCAUCUAUCCAUCCAUCCAUCCAUCUAUCUAUCGCAGACACUUAUCUAUCUAUCUAUAUCUAUCUAUCUAUCUAUCUAUCGCAUCUAUCUAUCUAUCUAUCUAUCCAUCUAUCUAUCUAUCUAUCUAUCUAUCUAUCGCAGAUCAUAUCAUAUCUAUCUAUCUAUCUCAUCUAUCUAUCAUCUAUCAUCUAUCGCAGACACUUAUCAUUCAUCUAUCUAUCUAUCUAUCUAUCUAUCUAUCUAUCUAUCUAUCUAUCUAUCUAUCUAUCUAUCGCAGACACUUAUCUAUCUAUCUAUCUAUCUAUCUAUCUAUCUAUCUAUCUAUCUAUCUAUCGCAGACACUUAUCUAUCUAUCUAUCUAUCUAUCUAUCUAUCUAUCUAUCUAUCUAUCUAUCUAUCUAUCUAUCGCAGACACUUAUCUAUCUAUGUAUCUAUCUAUCUAUCUAUCUAUCUAUCUAUCUAUCUAUCUAUGUUCAUUUCCUUUCUUUCCUUUUUUUUUCUUUCUUUCUUUCUUUCUUUCCUUCUUUCUUUUUCUUUUGCCUUCAUUUUUAAUUGUAUUUUCAUUCAUAUGCCAUUACUUUCCUUUAUUGAUUAAUUUAUUUGUUAUUUUAUUUUUCUAUCUUCCUUUCUUUCUUUCUUUCUUUCUUCAUCGAUUCUUUGUUUUUUUCUUUCUUUCUUUCUUUCUUUCUUCAUCGAUUCUUUGUUUCUUCCUUUCUUGCUUUCAUUUUUUCUUUCUUUCAUUUUUUCUUUCUCUCAUUUUUUCUUUCUCUCAUUUUUUCUUUCUUUCUUCUAUAAAUCCAUGUGUCUUUCUUACUUUUUCUAUUGUUUUCUUUCUUUCUUUCUUUCAUCCUUUCUUUCUUUCUUUCAUUCUUUCAUCCAUUUUUCUUUCUUUCUUUCAUCUAUACUUUCUUUCUUCCUUCCUUUCUUUCUUUCUUCAUCCAUUCUUUGUUUCUUUCAAUUUUUCUUUCUUUCUUUCCUAUAUAUCCAUGUGUUUGUCUUUCUUACUUUUUCCAUGGUUUUUUUCUUUCUUUCUUUCAUCCUUUCUUUCUUUCUUUCAUCCAUUCUUUCUUUCAUUCAUUAUUUCUUUUCUUUCUUUCUUUCUUUCUUUCUUUCUUUCUUUCUUUCUUUCUUUCUUUCUUUGUAUAUCUUUCUUUCUAUAUAUCCACGUAUCUGUCUUUCUUGUUUUUUCCAUUGUUUUCUUUCUUUCUUUCAUCCAUUUUUCUUUCUUUCUUUUAUCAAUUCUUUCUUUCAUUUAUUCUACAUUUAUUUAUUUUUCUUUCUUUCUUUUUUCUUUCUUUCUAUAUAUCCACGUAUUUGUCUUUCUUACUUUUUCCAUUGUUUUCUUUCUUUCUUUCAUCAAUUUUUCUUUCAUUCUUUCUUUCUUUCUUUCUUCGCUUCUUUACUUCUUUCUUUCUUUCUAUCGUUUUCUUUAUUCUCUUUUUUGUUUCAUUAUUUCUUUACCGCGUUUACUUUCUUUCCUUCUUUCUUUUUUCUACUUUUCCUCGUUUUCUUUAUUUUCCUCGACUUUUUCUUUCUUUCUUUCUUACCAUUUCUUUCUUUCUUUCAUUCUUUCUUUCUUUCUUUCUUACCAUUUCUUUCUUUCAUUCUUUCUUUCUUUCUUACCAUUUCUUUCUUUCUUUCAUUCUUUCUUCCUUUCUUUCUUUCUUACCAUUUCUUUUUUCUUUCAUUCUUUCUUUCUUUCUUUCUUUCUUUCUUUCUUUCUUACCAUUUCUUUCUUUCUUUCAUUCUUUCUUUCUUUCAUUCUUUCCAUUUCUUUCUUUCAUUCUUUCUUUCUUUCUUUCUUACCAUUUCUUUCUUUCUUUCUUUCAUUCUUUCUUUCUUUCUUACCAUUUCUUUCUUUCAUUCUUUCAUUCUUUCUUUCUUUCUUACCAUUUCUUUCUUUCAUUCUUUCUUUCUUUCUUUCUUUCUUUCUUACCAUUUCUUUCUUUCUUUCCUUCCAUUUCUUUCUUUCAUUCGUUCUUCCUUUCUUUCUUUCGAUUUCUUUCUUUCUUUUCAUUUCUUUCUUUUUUUCAUUCUAUCCAUUUCUAUUUAUCUUUUCUUUCUUUAUUCUACAUUUAUCUUCCUUUUAUUCAUUAUCUAUCUCUCUAUCUAUUUAUCUAUCUAUCUAUCUAUCUAUCUAUCUAUCUAUCUAUCUAUCUCAAGCAUUCAUUAUCUAUCUAUCUAUCUCUAUAUAUAUUGUUUUCGAAUGGAUUCGUUGUCUCUCUCUCUCUUUCCAGCAAAUCGUCUCUCGAUCUCUAUUUAUUGCUUUCAUUUUACUUUUUAUUCGCCUCUAUUGUGUGUGUGUGUGUCUUUAUUUGUGUUUUUUUUUUGUUCUCUUUCUUUCUUUCUUUCUGUCAUUCUUUCCUACUCUUUUUCUUUCUUUCCAUUGUUUUCCUUUCUUUCUUUUAUCUGUCUUUUUCUUUCUCUAUUCCUUCCUUCCUUCCUUCCUUCUUUUCUUUCUUUCUUUCUUUCUUUCUUUCUUUCUUCCUUCCUUCCUUCCUUCCUUUAUUUCCAUUAGUGUUGUAUUUCUUUCUUUCUUUCUUUCUUUCUUUCUUUUUCCUUUUUUCUUUUAUCUGUAUUUUUCUUUCUCAAUUACUUUCUUUCUUUCUUUUUACUUUCAUUCUUUCAUGCUUUAUUUCUUUCUUUUUUUUCUUUUCACAUAA